UAGAAACAGGGGGACACGAGGGUGAAGGAUGCAAAGAACGAGUCGUGAAGCGUGCUUGGCAGGCAACCGAGGUAGUCGACCGACUGGCCGAUACUCCAAUGGCAGCCUGACAACAACAUCGCAUCUAUUUUCGCAUCUUCUUCUCGUACUCUACACUCGAAUUCCUAAUAGAACCUCGUCUUUAGCCUUCCAACAUGGCCGAGCUAAAUGUCGAGCACGACUCGAGACAGGAGAGCAAAGAGAUGCUCAAGACCUCCAUCGGCGGCGGUGUCGAGCUCGGUCGCCUACAUCGCGAACCAUACCACCUGGCAGCAGCAGGCGCGAUGCUGCAGGCCGUUGGUGCUACCUCUUUCUCCAGCGCUUUAUGUGCGGAUGCUCCUAGCAGAAUUCUGCUCAUUGCCCAACGCACAGUGAUCGUCUCGGCUCUGCUCAUAUACCUCAUUGGAGUCGCAGCAGUGAUACAUGAUGUCCGUCUGGGUCGAGUGCGCUGGCCGAUGAUGUUUUUCAAGGCGCUCGCAUAUGCACACACAUCCUCAGUGAUAUGUUCCUGGUACAUCGAGGCACCUGCAGACUGGCGUGUUCUGGGCGCUGCCAUGCCAGGUACUGCGUUCGCUGUCGCCGACGGCUUGGUGCUUGACAGACGAUUUGACGAGAACAAGUUUAUAGAGCCAUCUUUGCCUUUUCAUUCGACGAAUGCGCCGUAGGCCGUGCUGAGGGUCAGCCUCACUCAUCGCCAUACACGUCUCUGUAACACUGUGCCAG